AUCCACGCCCUGUAAGUCCAGCCCAGCGAGCGAGCAAGGUCCCGCCCUCCCAGCUACCUGCCUCAACGCUCGUGCCUAUGUAUCCCCCGCAACAGUAGCUCUGCACCUCCCGACUCCUGUGUUUCCUACCGUCCUUCACUCCAGCUCGCGCUACCUCCCUUGUCGGCAGACGCGUUUGCCCGCACCGCUUACUCACCGCCUUGUUGGCAAAAGCCUCACACUGACCGGUCCGCCCGCAACAGGCUGAACCUCACCUCCACCACCACCACCACUCCACCUCCACCUCUGCGUCUCGCCCGACGCCCCCACUGCACCCAGCACAUCUCCUGCAGGCCGACCUCCUUCAGGUUGAUCCUCAGCAGCCAUGACGACAAUGGAUCUCCGUGUCGGCAACAAGUACAGAAUUGGCCGCAAGAUCGGCAGCGGUUCCUUUGGUGACAUCUACCUCGGCACGAACAUCAUCUCUGGCGAGGAGAUUGCUAUCAAGCUCGAGAGCGUCAAGGCCAAGCACCCUCAGCUUGAGUAUGAGGCUCGCGUCUACAAGUCCCUCGCCGGCGGCGUUGGUAUUCCCUUCGUGCGCUGGUUCGGCACUGAGUGCGACUACAACGCCAUGGUCCUGGAUCUGCUCGGUCCUUCCCUUGAAGACCUCUUCAACUUCUGCAACCGCAAGUUCUCGCUGAAGACCGUCCUCCUGCUCGCCGAUCAGCUCAUCUCCCGCAUUGAGUACAUUCACGCCAAGUCCUUCAUCCACCGUGACAUCAAGCCCGACAACUUCCUCAUGGGCAUUGGCAAGCGUGGCAACCAGGUCAACGUGAUCGAUUUCGGUUUGGCCAAGAAGUACCGUGAUCCCAAGACUCACUUCCACAUUCCUUACAGAGAGAACAAGAACCUCACUGGUACUGCCCGUUACGCUUCCAUCAACACCCACUUGGGUGUCGAGCAGUCCCGUCGUGAUGACAUGGAGUCCCUUGGAUACGUUAUGCUCUACUUCUGCCGCGGCUCCCUUCCCUGGCAGGGACUCAAGGCGGCUACUAAGAAGCAGAAGUACGACCGCAUCAUGGAGAAGAAGAUGACCACCCCCACCGAGGUCCUCUGCCGCGGCUUCCCCAACGAGUUCGCCAUCUACCUGAACUACACCCGUUCCCUCCGCUUCGACGACAAGCCGGACUACUCCUACCUCCGCAAGAUUUUCCGUGACCUCUUCGUCCGCGAGGGCUUCCAGUACGACUAUGUCUUUGACUGGACCGUCUACAAGUACCAGAAGAACGCCCAGGCCAUCGCCCAGGCUGCUGGUCAGGGUCCGGGUGAGGAAGAUGACAAGAACGGCCGCGGACGUCACGUCACCACCACUGCCGCUGCCAACGCCGGCACUGCGGCCGGCACCAAGCGUGGACCGGUCAAUGCACGCCAGGAGGGCACCGGAAUGUGAGUUCGAUAUAUCUGAUCCUUGUAAGGACCCCUUCCUCUGCGUUUGGUGUUCGACAACGCUUUUGCGCGGAGGACGCCACAGUCAGAAUUUACUAACCUCUGAUUCUCUGUUCAGGCAGCUUCG